AUGGCUAAUGGUUCUCGGCUCAUGCAAAGUGGUAUGGAGUCAAAUCGGAACAAUUUUCCAGCCAAGUCGCCGCAGUUCUUCAGGAUUAUUUUCUCCCAGUCUUCUCGAAAUCACAGGCUGAGGAUCCCAACAGAAUUUAUGAGAAGAUAUGGAAAUAGUGUGCCAAACCAUGUAUUCCUCAAGGUUCCAACUGGUGAGGUAUGGCAGGCAGAAUUGAGAAAAUCUAAUGGCGUCGCUUGGCUAGGGAACGGGUGGAAAGAGUUCAGAGAGUUCUACACAAUAGAGUAUGGUCACUUUCUGGUAUUCAGAUAUGAUGGGAAUUCCCAUUUCCAUGUCCUUAUAUUUGAUCGAAGCACUUCUGAAAUUGAAUAUCCAUUCAGUGCCAAUCACAGUGCAAGAACUGACUUUACUGGGAAAUUCCAUGCCAAAACAGAAUGUGUGGAAGUUGAUGAUUCUGUCGAAAUCCUGGAAGAAUUUCCAGCAUCAAAGACGAGGGAGAAAUCACCAUUGUCAUGUUCUAGGCCCUGUAAAAAAACGAAAACCAAUCGAACUUGCGAAGAACCCAACCUUAAUCAUGGAUUGCAACUGGAAGAAAAUGGGAGGGAUGAUGUUGUUGAAAUCUUGGACGAUUUUUCGCCUAGGCAGAGAACAAGAGAGAAAUUACUGCCACCGCAUUUUCGGUUCCGUAGAAGUAGGAGGCUUAAACAAACUGAUAAAUAUGGAAGUACUUCCAAUACCAAAGCAUUUGUUCAAUCUACAGGUCCUCAAGCCAAUAGGGUGAAGCCAGUUAAGUCCGAGAAGGGCCAAUAUUCCCAGUGUUCCAUGCAGGGAGUUGGAGUUGAUGCUGAGAUCGAUAACUCUAUUGAAAUUCUGGAUGAAUUUCCAACAAGAGAUGAUGAUUUCAAUGAUUCUUUUGAAAUCAAGGAAAAACUUGCCACAUGCCGGUCAAGGGAGAAAUCACCAGUAUCAUAUUGUCUACCCCAUAAGAAAACGAAAACCAACCGAACCUGUGAAGAACCCAUUCUUAAUAGGGGAUGCCGGGUUCCCAAACUUGAAAAAAGUGCUAUAGAUCCACCUAGAACAAGGGAGAAAUCAUCACCACAGUUUCGGCUCAGUGAAACAAGGAAGCCUAAACCAGCUGAUAAAUCUUCCAAUCACAGAGAAUUUGUCCAACCUACAGGUCCUCAAGGUCAUAGGAUGAAGCCAGUUAAGGAAGAGAAACGCAAUUUCCCAUACCGUUCCAUGCAGGGAGUUGGAGCUAAUGAAAAACAGAGAGGCAAUUUCAAGACUUUGUUGUAUUUUUUGUUUUGAACUUUUUGUUGAGAUAGAUAUAUUAAGUAUGCUACUUAGGAUGCUGCUGUGUAUUUGUUGAUUUAUUCGCAGAUGGACCUAAGAUACAUCAGCGCUCUACAUUUCCAGCUGGGAGGAAGCAAUUGGCAAGUGAAAAUGGAAAAGCUAAAGCUCUUGAAUCAGCUAAAGCUUUCAAAUCUAAAAACCCUUUCUUUAUUGUUACUAUGCGAUCCUCUUACAUUUCCAGUGGUGUUCUGAAUAUACCACGGAAUUUUGUCAUGCAAUAUUUGAGUAAGAAGCAUAAAGAUGUUAUCCUUCAAGUACAGGAUGGGAGGAUUUGGUCUGCUAAGUUCCAUAUCCGUCCAGAUAAUGUGAAAAUCCAGACUGGUUGGAACACAUUUGUACAAGACAUUUUUCUGGCUGUCGGUGAUGUUUGUGUCUUCGAGCUGAUUAAUGGCACCAUAAAUUUGCUAGAAGUUGUAAUUUUUCGAGCAUCUGAAGAUACAGAUAGCUGCCAUUAAAGCAAGAAGACGCUGACUUAUCAGAUAAAGGAUUGUCCAUGAGACUAACUGAGGAAAACCAAAUAUGAUAGAGCUUAAAAUGUGGUUAAUUUUCCUUGUCUAAGUGCUACCUUCCUCUUUCUUUAUUGCUUCUAUGAAGUUGAUAAGAAUACAUAUGCUACUAUGGCUUUUUGUUAUAAUGUUCAUAGUAGUGUUUUUAUGGUUUUAAUAUGCUAUUCAUGGCAUGCUGUGGUUUUGGCAAUGCAAUUUAGAGAUGUGUUUAUAUUUCUG